AUGGAUUGCGGUGGUGAUUGCCUCUGCUUUCCAGGAGGAAAAAGUCGAUUGCUUUUUUUUCUGAUUAGACUAGACCUUCACUUCAUGUGUUGUAAUCAUUGGAUGAUAACUUUGUUAUCUGUAGUAAGUUUGGCAGCCUGCCCUGGUCAACUGUCAGAGGCUUGGCUUGUUGUCACUGAUCACUGGACCACAUAUGCAUGUCCCCAACCAGGAUACUGGAGAUCAUCACGGUGCCACACAGAUGUGAACAGCAUGCAACCUUCUCGAGUUACUGACUUUGGGGCACUUGCACAGUCAGCUGGAUUCCGAAUAGAGGAUCUUGCUAACCUUAAUGCAAAUGCUUUGUUCAAUCUGAAGCCAAAUACCCAUACAAUUAACAACAGUCCUCUUCAGUUUGGAAGUUACGGGAAGCCUAUUUCUCCUCAUAUAAAUACUACUGAAGCAGCAACAGCUGCAACAAGAAUUGACCCUCAGUCGCUAGAACAGCAAACAGGAGCACAAUCAAAUCUGGUGGCAUUACCAAUUGGUAACAUCGAGAAUUGGGGAGAGUCAGCUAUGGCUGGUAGCCCUAUGACUGACACAUCUACAGAUCCAGACACUGAUGAGAGGAACCAGAUGUUUGAACAAGGACUGGUUGCUGGCCCCACAGCUUCUGAUUCUAGUGACAAAUCAAGGGACAAACUAGAUCAGAAGACACUUCGGCGUCUUGCCCAAAAUCGUGAAGCUGCCAGGAAAAGCCGUUUACGAAAGAAGGCAUACAUCCAAAACCUUGAGAGUAGCAGACUGAAACUUACUCAGUUAGAGCAAGAGCUUCAGCGGGCACGUCAACAGGGUAUUUUUAUUUCGACAUCAGGAGAUCAACCUCAAUCAACAAGUGGAAAUGGAGCUUUGGCAUUUGACAUGGAGUAUGCACGCUGGUUGGAGGAGCACAACAAACAUGUUAAUGAGUUGAGGGCUGCAGUCAAUGCACAUGCUGGCGAUAAUGAUCUUCGUGGUAUUGUUGAUAGCAUUAUGGCGCACUACGGCGAAAUUUUCAGGCUCAAGGGUGUGGCAGCUAAAGCAGAUGUUUUUCAUGUGCUGUCUGGGAUGUGGAAGACCCCUGCUGAGAGGUGUUUCAUGUGGUUAGGUGGCUUCCGAUCAUCUGAGCUUCUUAAGUUACUGGCAGGUCACCUAGAGCCUCUUACUGAUCAGCAGCUUGUUGGUAUAUCCAACCUGCAACAGUCCUCCCAACAAGCUGAAGAUGCUCUUUCUCAAGGGAUGGAAGCAUUACAACAGUCGCUUGCAGAAACUCUAGCAUCUGGAUCCCUGGGCCCUGCUGGACCUUCUGGCAAUGUUGCAAAUUACAUGGGACAAAUGGCGAUGGCUAUGGGAAAACUUGGCAACCUUGAGAACUUUCUACGACAGACCAUAUCAGCUAUAUUCUUAAAUUCAUAUCUUUAA